CAACUAGUGAUAUUAGGCACUGGAUGGGGCGGCUUUGCCCUAUUAAAAAAUAUCGAUAAGAGAAAGUAUGAUGUGGUGGUUGUUAGCCCACGAAAUCAUUUCUUAUUUACACCCUUAUUGCCGAGUACAACUGUUGGAACAUUAGAAUUUCGUAGUAUUAUUGAUCCUAUUCGAAAUCAUGGCUUUCGUGAUGAGAAACAUUUUCACUUAGCAGAAGCAGAAGAUAUCGAAUUCAAAAGAAAAAUAAUAUCAUGCCGCUCCGCCUUGCAACCUUCACUUACCUACGAAUUAAAGUAUAAUAAAUUAGCUAUCUGUGUAGGCGCUGUACCGAACACAUUUGGAGUGCCUGGAGUGUAUGAACAUGCCUAUUUCCUCAAGGAAAUAGCCGAUGCUCGAGCAAUUCGUCAUCGUAUCCUGCGCAACUUUGAGCUCAGUACAGAAAGCGUAAUUAAAGAUGAAGAUCGUAAGCGUUUAUUACACACUGUUAUUGUUGGUGGUGGCCCAACUGGAGUAGAAUUUGGAGCUGAAUUGUAUGACUUUAUUAUACAGGACGUCGCUAAAAUCUUUCCCAGUUUGCAAAAUAUGGUCCAUGUCACGCUCGUGGAAUCAAGAGAAAUAUUACCAUCAUUUGAUGAUCGAUUAAGAGCUCAUGCCGAAAAAAAAAUUGGUAAACGUGAGAGAAUGAAGUUAUUAAGAGGAACUGUUGCUGAGGUCAACCACGACGGCAUUAAGUUAACAGACGGCACAAACAUUCAGUGUGGCUUAACGGUCUGGUCUGCAGGCUUAGCACCAAGAGAAUUAACUACUCGUUUGGAUCUUCCUAAAACCAAACAAGGACAGGUCAUUGUCGACAAUUAUCUCCAUACGAUAAAACAGGACGUUGAAGGUGUCUACGCUUUAGGGGACUGUUCAUACCUUCAAAGUACACCCUUACCGUGUACUGCACAGGUUGCAGAAAGAGAAGGUAAGUACUUAGCAAAGGUACUAAGUAGCAGUCAGUCAGCUCCAAAGCCUUUCUUUUUUAAAAGCCUUGGUAUGCUUGCAUACGUUGGAGAACAAGAUUCCCUAACUGAUCUGCCUUAUGUGAAGUGGCAAGGUUUUAAAUCAUGGAUAUUGUGGCAUUUGGCAUACACAACUCGUCUGGGAAGCUGGAGAUUAAGAAUGCAAGUUCCAAUUGAUUGGUUUAAGACCUUCAUCUACGGCAGGGAUAUUUCUAGAUUUUAG